CCAUGAUUCAUAAUUCCUAGUAUUUGUUUAUCUUUCUUUAUCCCCGCCAUUUAAAAACCUUUGGUUAUAAGUCGCAGGAUUAGUUGCUGGGUGUGGUGUGAGCAGUUCCAGAGCUGAGAAACAGAGAGCUGAAAAGUGAAAAGAUGAGCAGUGAAAUAAUUGUAUCGGAAACUCCCAAUUGGCUAAACGACUUGGAAGCCAAAAGAGAGAAAAGACUAAAAGCCAAACUUGGUCACGAAGCUGGCGCCGGUGCACCUUGUUUGAAAUGCGAAGAUAAGUGUCCAGGACUGGAUCUUCAUUUCUGGCGAAAAGCCUGUAAGGUGUGCCGUUGUCCUAAAGAAGACCACGACGUUCCAGACGACGAUAUCUAUGGUUGGGCACAGUUUCAGCUUCUUGGCAGCAAACCAAAUAAAAUCAAGACCAAAAUUGUGUUACCAGGAAAAAAUGACGAAGUCGAAUUGGAAUGGGCACCUAAGGGACAUAAGGACACUGUGGACAAGUAUUUGAAAACUCUACCUCCUGAAGCUUUGCCAGUUAAAGGGUCCCAAGCAGCUCAAGAACGUAAACAGCAGCUCCAAAAACAAAUCCCAGUUCACGACAUUGACCCUGCCCUCUGUCAUGAACUCAACGAAGAUGAAGUGGCUAAAAUGGAGGAUUACAUUGCCCAUAUUAAAAACAGCUCUGUAGGUGUGGGACAGAUUGUUAAUUUGUCUAGUGUCAUUAAAGCUAAUCUAUACAACAUAAGUCCAGAAGAAGCCCAUAUCAUAGCCAGUCGUUAUUCCAAAGGUGUACCACUUAGCGAAAUUAUAAAGCUCCAAGCUGGUUUAGCUAAAAAUCUAGAAAACCUAACUUUGAAAAACAAGGCACCAUUGCCUAAAAUGCAGGAAAAUACCAACAAUAUUAUAGAGGAAAAUUUACAAAAUCCUCUAACUGCAAACAAAUUCAAAGAUGUCACCCAUCCUUGGUAUGCCAGUGCAAGUCCUACUAAAGGCGCUUCCAAUUCUCAGUAUUCUGAAAAAUUAAAUCCAAAACAUGCUGCGAUUGAUGAAAAAUUAUUGCAAAAAACUAAUUUUGACCCUUCAAAGACACCUAGCCAAUUUUUAGGCUACAACACCCCAGGUCAUAGACCAGAUUUGCCUCAAUAUGGUUUUGAAAAUCCAUAUUUUAAUCAACCAGAAUAUUUUCCUAACAAACAUGAAAUACAAUCGGACCCUCAGUUUGCAAAAGCUCCAAAAAGUGCCAAAGAUUUGAUUUAUAGCAUGUAUGAUCCUAGUGAGGGGCCUGUUCCUAAAGACCAAGGCAAAAAAUUGAUAGAUCAGAAAAUAUCUGGUGGAUAUAAUCCAAAUGAAACAUUAACAACUUACAAACAUGGACCAGCAGUGAGAGGAUUUGAUCCUGAAACUGAAAAAUAUAGUCCAGAAGAUUCUAGAUAUCCUAAAGAAAUCACUAAAACUGGCAAAUAUGUUCAUGAUGAUCCUCAGCUAAAACAUCAUGGUCUUCGGAGGUUUGAUCCAGUUACUGGAAAAUAUAUUGUUGAAGAUCAAAGAAAUCCCCAACUCAUGACAGAAAAAGGGCAGAUAUAUGGAAAUAUGAAUAAUCCAGAACUUCAUGGUGUUACUGAUUUUCAAUCUGUGACUGGCAAGAAUCCAGCAUUAAUUCAAGGAAAUACGUAUGAGCCUGAAACUGGCAAAAAUUCUUAUGAAGAUCAAGAAAACCACAUUAGGUUUAAGCAUAAUGGAGUUCCUAAAUUUGACCAUGAGACUGGAAAAUACAUUUUUGAAGACCAGAUACAUGGACAAAGUUUUGAUACAAAAACUGGAAAAUAUAUGCCUGAAAAUCAAAAUAUUCCAGAAAGUGUUAAGCCUUCAGAAAUCUUAUCCAAGCAUCGUGGUGUACCUAAUUAUGACCCAGUAACUGGUAAAUACAUAUUUGAAGAUCAAAGGGAUCCAAAACUGUUACAAGGUAAAACUUACAAUCCCAAAACUGGCAAGUACUCAUCUGGAGAUCCACAAGGAUCCGCAUUAGGUCAUCAUUCUCUGCGAAGGUUUGACCCUAUAACUGGAAAACAUAUUUAUGAAGAUCCGAGACAUCCAGAGGAACUUUAUGGAAAUGUUAUUAUUGAUCCAAAAACUGGAAGAUAUUUAUCUGUUGAUCCAACAAAUCCUGGUGAUUCAUCAAUUUCUGGUGCUAAAAAUUCAAUGUCCACAUUGCAUCCUGGCCAUAUUAAUGUCCCAGAAGACUAUUUAGAACCCCACAUGGUCAAUAUAGGAGCAAUUCAAGACAUAAAUCCAGACAUCAGAUCAGCUACAGCUGAAUUAAAUCCAGGUUUUCUAAAUGCAGAUGAAGAAAUUAGUGGUGAUUAUAGUCCUGAAAGUAUUCGAGAAAUUUUAAACAACAUCAAAUUGCCUGAUUGUCAUCAUUGUAAAAAGCCAUUUGACGAAAAUGAAUUUGCUGUAACCAUUGAUAGAGCCAAUAUGCUAUUUCAUUCUCAAUGUUUUAAGUGUGCUGGUUGUAACCAGAGCUUGGCUGAUAAUAUUUACUUUUACGACAAAGAGAGCAAUAAUGUUUAUUGCGGACGAGACUAUGCCAAAAUCCGUGGUAUUCCCAGAUGCUCUGCCUGCGACGAACUUAUUUUCACCAAGGAAUAUUGCCUGGCAGAAAAUGCAACUUUCCAUCUAAAACAUUUUUGCUGUUUCCAAUGUGAUAUCCCAUUAGCUGGCCAAGAAUAUACUUUGGAAGAAGAGAAACCUUACUGUUUGCCCUGUUUUGAAACUUCCAAGGCUGCUAGCUGUGGUACUUGCGAAAAAGUUAUUAAACCGGAUGAAGUUGGCUGUCAAUUGAAUGGAGUGCAUUUUCAUGCUGAAGAUAGAUGCUUUAGGUGUAUUGUCUGCAGUGUGCCUUUGAUGGGGAAAAAAUUGUUACUUAGGAACGAUAAGUUGUAUUGCUCGCACGAGUGUUUUAAUCAGGGUAAAAAAGUGCCAUUUAACUGCUAAACCUCUAAAUUCCACACUUUUUAACUUCCUUAUUACUGUCGUGAUUUUUUGAUAAAUUAUUUACUUUUGGUGGAAACAACAUCUUCAACCUUUUCUUUGAUGAAGUUGAAGACACAUUUGAGCCAUAUUAGUUUUACAAAAAUAUAAUGUAAGUAAGUUUGUGAUGGAGUUACAAGUAUUAAAUGUUAAAUAUAUGUGAUGAUGUGCCUAGUAAACUUUUGCUAAAUAUAUGUUAGUGAACCUAUAUAUUUUAUAUAAUAUGUAAUUAAUAAUAAGUAUAUUUGCUACUAUGACAAUAUUUUUUAUAGUAACAGCUUUUUGAAAACAUAUUUUUAUAUAACUGCUUACAUUUUGUGCCUAUAGAAUAAUUAAGUGUGCUAGUGGGAUAAUUCUAAAAUUAGGAUAUAAUUUACAUACAAUUAACAUACAUAUUUGCUUUUUUUUAUUCAGGGUCAGUAGGUAUAUUAAUUAAUAGUAAAAAUUAUAUUUGAUGGGAGCAAUAUUUUUAUAAUCAAAAUAUAUUUUAUACAUAUAAAACAUUGUGUAACAUGUAAUAAAUAAAUUAUUAAAAAUGUAUUGGCAAUACAAUA